GGUAUAAUGAGCUUGCUGAAUGGGUGUGUUUUUGCCGUGAUGGUUUUCUUGUUUAUGACUUUUUUUCUCAGCCAUAGAAAUGAUUCGGCUUCAAGGUGUGCCUGAACAAUGAGAGAAUCUCCUCCACAGACAUUGCAGACAUCUGGACCACAGACCAUCCCAAGCCUUACUGUCAGUUAUGAUUCCGAUGAGCCAAGGCAUAGCCAUCCAGUAUUUCGAAAUGAAGACAAGAAAAUAAUGGACAAAGAAAUGAAGGAGAGCACUGAUAUGACAUCAGUGAUUGGGCUGUUUAACAAAAACAUAAUCUCAGAAAACGGCAACAUGACACCUGUCAGUGGAUCCAGGUAUCAGACUCAUUUCGCUACAGCCCAUGGUGAUGGAAAACAUGGGACCACGUAUAAUAGUGUGACCGAGAACAAAAAUGAUUGGCUUGGUGAACCACCUGAUAUCCACAAGACAAAGAGAGCACAAUACCAGGCAUUAAAAGAUGAUUGCACAAAUGCAAUUGGUCCCACCAUGUUACAUCAGGCAUGUCAGAUAUUAGAAUCUGAGUCAGAAGAAACCUGGCAGAUGAAACUCAUGGAUUUGUUGGGGCCACAAAUAUAUGAGGAAUACGCCUUGAAAAUAUGGCAGCUUAAUUUUUUGAAAGGCAACAUGAGUUCUGUGUUACAAUUCUGUGAUUUUGCAAAUGAUCAUUGAUCAUGCCUUGUGAAGAGGUACUUUGUGGUUAAAAGCCUUAAAUUGUCAUGAUAGUUCCCAUUCCACUCCUGUAUAUCCUCAGAAUUGUAUUAAGUUUGUAAAUAUCUGGUCUUAAUAGAAAAUUUAGUUGCUGUAUCUGAUGCUAUCUGAUAUGGAUGGCACAGUUCAUCCAAGAUGAAAAAUAUUUUGGGCAUAUGUGGUAUGAGAGAAUGUAUGUAUGUGUUAUUUAUUUUGUUACAUAAUGUGCAAGGUUAAGAAUGUGUGGACGUGCAACAUUUAUUUAUCAUGCCAAAACUUUAAUUUUGUUCAAGCACUCACAGAUAAAACUACUUGAAGAAACAUAUGUUCUUAUUUCUAAGGAUGAAAGAUAAUUACAGAACAAUUGAAUUCCAUGUACUGCUUGAUGUGUAUCUAGAGGAGUCUCAAUGCCCAGUUUCAUGAAAUGCACUUAACUACAUAACCCCUUAACUUCCAAGACAAAGUAUGUUGUAGAGAUAUAAAGUGCACCAAACUAAGGGCUACUUAUCACUGCAUAUGUUUCAUGAAACCCACCUUAAAUAGGUCAAGACCAUGAGCCUCAGUUGUGAACCUCAGGAACUAGCAAACUGCAUUAUGUAUUAAUGAGAUCAGUCUUUGAAUAAAUUUGAUUAAUAAAUAAGCAGAUGAAUAAGUAGAUUCUGUUCUGAGGAAAUGCAUACCGUGUGUAUUUGACCUAAAUUUUGUGCUUAAAAAAUCAUUUUUAAAGGUCAUGAAAGAACACUCUGGUGCUGGAACUAGCAUUUUUCCGUAAGAAUAUCCUAUCCUACCUAUCCCACAUCAAAACACAUUUCUAUGGUUAGUAGAACUUUCAGAAUCCGGAAAAACAGGUGAUUUAGUUCGUGGACAAACAUUUAGGUCUAGUUACUGUACCUCGGUGGUGUUUCAGCUGAAACUGUGUUCAUGUAUCUAUGCAAAUUUAGUGUACUGAUAUAUGUAUAUACAUAUGUAUUUAUACUGAAAUUCUCAUUGAACCUGUCUAUACAACUUACCAAGAUUUUUUUUAUUAAUUCAUUAGAAAGUAAUGUGUCAAGAAAUUUAGUUUAUUUAUUUGAUUGGUGUUUGACACUAUACUCAAGAAUUGUUUUCUUAUGUGAACGUGUGCAGGUUUAUGGGUGGAGGAAACCGAAGAGCACGAAGUAAACCACCAACCUUUCCUAAGUACCUCAAAAACUUCCAAACGGAAAUUUGUAGCCAACACAGCAAGAGCUGGAUUCGAACGGCUGCACCAUUGGUCUAGGAACUUCAUUUACAAUGAAUCAGCGCUUUAACAUCUACAUCUGUAUCCCUUUAAAUUGCCCUUUAGCGACUCCAUCUUUUUGGUGCCCAGAGUGGAUGUCAUGACCUCAAAACUUUGUACAGUUUGUUUGAAUUACCACGCCCUGUGGGGUGUUACCUGAAUAUUACGCCCACCUGGCCCCAGUUAUUUAAAACGUCUGAACACUUAAUACUCGACUUAACUUUAAACCAAGUCUUCAGUUUUGUACUUGGCCAAAAAAUAA